GCAUUGGCUGUGUACAACUUACGUGCAAAUGAUGUGCCAGCUAUUUACGCAACGCUUAACGCACGGAGCUGAACUUCAAAGUUGAAAGAGGAAUUGUUGACUACCGUCAAAAUUGAAUUUUUCAUUGAAGAUAGGAAAAAUAUUUAAACCACGAUGUGCUGAACUAAGUCGUGUACGAUCAUAUAUGGCCACAAGAUCUUUAAAACUAGGAAAUAAUGGCUGAUGUUCAGUAUCAAGCUCCACAAAAAAACAAAGGAAAGAAGCCAGAUGAUGCUCAAUCGUUCCUACCCACUCUACCUGCAAAACGCAGCAAACCAAUAUGGCAGGCCAAUCCACCUUCCUUCGUCCUGUCCGGUAAACCCCCUGAGGAUGAGGUAGAGGAUAUGAGUGUGGCAGCACAGAUCACUCCAAGAUCUAAGAAAGUUAGGACCAGGACCCGGACCAAGUCUAACGAGGCAGACCAGAAUGGCACCAAUGGAAAAGGAAAGUCCUUCGGUCACCCUCGCAAGGACAGGGAGAGCUUCAGGAAUGCCCUUGUCAAUAUCAUUAUGCAACAAGAAAUAGAAGCAAGACCACCUUCUGUUGAGGGGGAACUCCCUCCUCUCUCAAGAACAGGAUCCCCUACAGCUGCUGAGAAAGAUAUUCUGCGCUACUAUUACUACAUCCACAAUGGGAUAGACACGGAGCAUGUAGCUCCUAUGGAGGACUCCUGGUUGGAGAAUGUACUCCAGCUCGUAGCCAAGGAGUUGAAGGAGGGUCAUGGAGAAAUCAUUGAAACCCUCUCUGAUGAGAUGAAAGAAGACUACUUGCUCAGUGUCAAGAAAGCCAUCGUUGACUUUGUCCUGCGUGACCCUCGGGAGAGGGAUGAUGACAAGCAGGAGGAGAUGAUCCCUCAUCGUGCUGAGCUCUCUGUCGUACCCAAGCCCUGGAACAAGUCUUUCCUGGCUGCCCAGAGUGCUAUCGUCCAGGAGCUUGACAUCACUAACCCUACCAUGCUUCAAGUCCUGGAACUCUGGCAUGUCUCCUUUGGAAAUCUGAGGUUGGUCGACAUCCAAGAGUUUCAUCAGAAGACUACAUCCAUGGAGCUUCCCUUGUUCCAGACUCUUGUCAUGAGACACAUAGAGGGCGCCAAAGAGAAACUAAUGAAGAAGUGGUUUCCGGAAGUCCAGAACAUCUACUAUCAGGGCAAUCGAAGGAAGCUCGUGCCAAGCAACCACGAUGGCAAGAAGCUAGAGGCAUUCUUCAACUGUGCCGCAACCCUUAUGACCCAGCAACUGCAGAAACUGUGUCUACACUCCAUGGAUGACUUCAGUAGUCUUAUCUACCAGUCACCAACCUCAACCCGUGCCUUUGAGCAUCCUGGCUUUGUGAUCAGACUAGUCCUGGAUGGGAGUGAUAUCAAGUUUGAGCCGACCUUCCCUGACUUUGAGGUGGUCCUGCUCAACGUCUACGAUGUCAUGAUCAAAUCCGUCAGUGUCAUUCCACGGGUAGAGACCAAGCUCUAUUCAGAAUGGAACGGUCCAAAGUCCACCUUGCAUCCAACCAUUCUUGAAGAGAUCUUGAGUGACCACAAGGCUAAGGUCAGAGAGAUAGUCAAACGGGAGAGUGAACGUCCAAAGGAACAUCUCAAGAUCUAUGACAAAUACAUGUUCCUCAUCAACAAACAGGCUGAUGGCGAAGUGGAUCAGUUCAUGCAGGAAGAGCACACGUUUGAGGAGUACACCAAGGAAGUGGAGAAAUACCAUCAACUAAAUGAAGAGAUCAUGUUCCAUACCAGAAAGGAUGGUGCUGAUCAGAGAAAGGUUGUGAGACUGGGCAUGUUUGAGCUACACUGUGAUGAGCUGAUCCGAGCCCUGUCCAAGAGGGCUGAGAGUCUGAUGGAACGCCUCCUGGCAAGAAUGUGUAAGGAUCAUGCUGAUGCCAACCGCAAACUUUGUGAAGAAUAUGAAGCCAUUGCCGAGCAGGCUCUCACCACACCUGCCAACACAGAGAAGCUCAUGGAGCUACGGGUCUACAUCGAGAACGUGGAGAAGAAGACGAUCCAUGAGCUUGAGAAGGACCUAGUCCUGAGCAGGGACCGUCUAUCAUUCCUGGUGGACUAUGCCUCAUUCUCUCCCGCUGAGAUCCGUCUGAACAGCAGCACCUUCCAGUGGCAUGACCGCAUGCCAGAGAUCUUUGCAGAGCACAAGUCCAUUGUGGAUGACAAGACUUCCCAAUACCAGGACGGACUCACGUUGAGGCGAGAGCGCUUCCAAGAAGAACUGGAGAGCUACACCAAGCAGCUUGAGGAGUUCCAGACGUUCGGCGAUAUGUCAGAGGUCAACCGCUACCUCAAGAAAGCCCAGGCUCUAACCAACAGGCUUGAUGCAGCUUCCGAGAAAAUUGACGCUUUCAACAUGGAGGAGGAGUCGUUUGGCUGGCAGACAUCAGCUUACCCCCAGAAGAACACCGUCGCUGGCACCCUUGCCCCCUACCUCAAGCUCUAUGAGACUACUGUGGAAUUCAACACCAAGCAUAAAGGUUGGAUGGAAGGAGCUUUCUCAGACGUGGAUCCUGAGAAGGUGGAUGAAGACAUUGGUAACUACUGGAGGACGCUCUACAAGCUUGAGAAACAGUUCUCAGAUGUACCCACCGCCAAGAAGAUCGCUGAGAAAGUCAAAGACAAGGUGGAUAACUUCAAGGAGUACAUCCCGUUGGUAACAUCAGUAUGUAACCCUGGUCUUAGAGAACGUCACUGGAGUCAGAUGGCUGACAUCGUAGGCUUCCCACUCAAACCUGAUGAGGAUACCACCCUCUCCAAGAUGAUUGACAUGAAUCUGGAGCCAUACCUGGGCAAGUUUGAAGGCAUCAGUGAGGCAGCAUCUAAGGAAUACUCCCUGGAGAAAGCCAUGGAGAAGAUGGUUGGAGAAUGGGCAGAGAUGGAAUUUGUGAUGAUCCCAUACCGUGAGACUGGUACCAUGAUCCUUUCUUCAGUGGAUGAUAUCCAGGUUCUAUUAGACGAUCAGAUUGUCAAGACACAGACCAUGAGAGGAUCACCAUUUAUCAAACCAUUUGAAGCUGAGAUCAAGGGCUGGGAAGCUAAGCUCUUGCUUCUGCAGGAGAUCUUGGAUGAGUGGCUCAAGGUCCAGGCCACCUGGCUCUAUCUGGAGCCCAUCUUCAGCUCCCCUGAUAUCAUGGCUCAGAUGCCAGAGGAAGGUCGUCGCUUCUCCACCGUCGAUAAGAACUGGAGAGACAUCAUGAAGGCUUCUGUUGUGGACAAACAUGUAUUGGCUGUCACAGAGAUUGACAAGAUUCUAGAGAGACUGAAGAAAUCAAACGAGCUCCUGGAACUCAUCCAAAAGGGUCUGAACGACUAUCUUGAGAAGAAGCGUCUGUAUUUCCCACGAUUCUUCUUCCUGUCCAAUGACGAGCUGCUGGAGAUCCUGUCAGAGACCAAGGACCCGACCCGUGUGCAACCUCAUCUCAAGAAAUGCUUUGAGGGUAUUGCCAAGCUGGAAUUCACCGACAUCCUGGACAUCACUCACAUGAAGAGUAGCGAGGGAGAGGUCAUUGAACUUAUCACCUCCAUCUCUACCUCCAAGGCCAGAGGUCAGGUGGAGAAGUGGCUCCUGGAGCUAGAAGGCUACAUGAUCACCAGUCUCCAUAAGGUAUUGAAGGAAGCCAUGGAUGCCUAUGAGAAAACUGAUCGUAAUGAUUGGGUGCUGUCCUGGCCUGGUCAGGUCGUGCUGGCUGGAACCCAGAAAUACUGGACAGACGAGAUCCACAAGGCCAUUGCUACCAACCAAGCAGCCCUGCAAGCCUAUUGGGAGCUCAACAACAGACAGAUCGAUGACAUCGUCGCACUGGUCCGUGGCAAGCUCAGUAAGCAGAACCGUACCACUCUGGGAGCUCUGGUGGUGUUGGAUGUCCACGCCCGUGAUGUCCUGACCGAACUGGUCAAGCACGAGGUCCACAAUGAGAAUGAUUUCCAGUGGUUAUCCCAGCUUCGCUAUUACUGGGUAGAGGACAAUAUGAUCACACGCAUGAUCAAUGCCAUGCUGGCAUAUGGAUAUGAAUACCUUGGAAACUCUGGACGUCUUGUUAUCACUCCACUCACUGAUAGGUGUUACAGAACCCUAUUUGGUGCUCUCCAUCUCCAUUUGGGAGGAGCCCCUGAAGGCCCUGCUGGGACUGGUAAGACCGAGACCACCAAGGAUCUGGCUAAGGCUGUGGCCAAGCAAUGUGUGGUGUUCAACUGCUCUGACGGUCUGGAUUACAUCGCUCUGGGCAAGUUCUUCAAGGGUUUGGCUUCCUGCGGGGCCUGGUCUUGCUUUGAUGAAUUCAACCGUAUUGACCUGGAGGUGUUGUCUGUGGUUGCCCAGCAGAUCCUGACUAUCCAGAGAGGUAUCAAUGCUGGAGCUACCACUAUGCUGUUUGAAGGCUCUGAGAUUAAACUAGAUCCUACCUGCUCUGUCUUCAUCACCAUGAACCCUGGUUAUGCAGGUCGCUCAGAUUUACCAGACAAUCUCAAGGCCUUGUUCCGUACUGUGGCUAUGAUGGUUCCAGACUACGCUCUGAUCUCAGAGAUUGUGCUCUACUCGUGUGGUUUCAUCGAAGCCCGCCCUCUGUCAGUCAAGAUCGUGGCUACGUACCGUCUCUGCUCAGAACAGCUGUCAUCCCAGCACCAUUAUGAUUACGGCAUGCGUGCUGUCAAGUCCGUGUUGACUGCUGCUGGUAACUUGAAGCUCAAGUACCCAGAAGAGGACGAGGACAUCCUGAUGUUGCGCUCGAUCCAAGAUGUCAACCUGCCAAAGUUCUUGUCACAUGAUCUGCCCCUCUUUGCUGGUAUCACAUCAGAUCUGUUCCCUGGCGUAGUCCUUCCCAAGCCUGAUUAUGCUGUCCUGACUGAGUAUAUCAAGGAGAACUGUGACAAGCUGAACCUUCAGCUGACUGAGGUCUUCAUGGGCAAGAUCUUACAGAUCUAUGAGAUGAUGGUUGUUCGUCACGGCUUCAUGAUAGUGGGUGAACCGUUCGGAGGCAAGACAUCAGCCUAUCGUGUACUGAGCAUGGCCAUUAGUGAUAUUGCUGAAAAGGGACUAAUGGAGGAGAACAAGGUCCAGAUCACAGUCAUCAACCCUAAGGCUAUCACGAUGGGUCAACUCUACGGUCAGUUUGACCCUGUCUCUCAUGAAUGGUCAGAUGGAAUCCUGGCCAUCAGUUACAGAGCCUUUGCCAGCUCAACGACACCAGAUCGUAAAUGGCUGAUCUUUGAUGGCCCCAUCGAUGCUAUCUGGAUUGAAAACAUGAACACUGUGCUGGAUGACAACAAGAAACUAUGUCUGAUGAGUGGUGAGAUCAUCCAGCUUGCUCCUACCACCAAUCUCAUCUUUGAACCCAAAGAUCUGGAAGUGGCUUCUCCUGCAACUGUGUCUCGGUGUGGUAUGGUGUACAUGGAGCCUCACAUGCUUGGAUGGCGCCCCCUAGUGGUGUCGUGGAUCAAUACUGUACCUGCUGGCCUGACCGACAUGCACAAGAAGAUGAUCACAGACAUGUUCUAUCGUAUGCUGCCUGCCUCACUGGAAUUCAUUCGCAAGAGUGGCGUGAAGGAACUGUCACCGACCAACGACACAAACCUGGUGAAGUCUCUCAUGAAUCUCAUGGACAGUCUCUUUGAUGAGUUCCAGGACGACGGCGCCGUGGCCAAGAUGGAUGAACGUGCCGUGGUCGGAUGGAUUGAAGGCAUCUACCUGUUCUCCUACGUGUGGUCUAUUGGUGCCAGCAUCUCUGGUGAGGGCCGAAUCAAGUUUGAUCUUCUACUCCGAGAGCUGAUAGCUGGAGGACUGUCUGAAGAAUCCCGAAGCAAGUUCCAUCUCAUCGAGUUUGUGGAUCCGCCCAUCAAGCCAUUUACAAUGCCGUUCCCCAAAGAGGGCAGCGUCUAUGAUUACAGAUUUAUCAAAGAGGAUCUUGGUCGAUGGGAGUUGUGGGUAGAGGAGAUAAAGGAAGCCCCACCCAUUCCUAAAGAUGCUGCAGUCAACUCCAUCAUUGUGCCGACUAUUGACACAGUCCGUUAUACUGCCCUGAUGAAGCUGCUGGUUAGCCAUCAAAAGCCUUGCCUCUUUGUUGGUCCAACCGGUACUGGAAAGUCGGUCUACAUUACGGAAUUCUUGCUGAACAAUCUGGAUAAGGAAUCGUACAAGCCCAACAUCAUCAACUUCUCUGCCCAGACGUCGGCCAAUCAGACCCAAGAUAUCAUCAUGUCCAAGCUGGACAAGCGCAGAAAGGGAGUCUUUGGUCCACCCUUUGGCAAGAAAACGAUUGUGUUUGUUGAUGAUCUGAACAUGCCAGCCAGAGAGGUGUAUGGAGCCCAGCCUCCCAUAGAGUUACUACGUCAGUGGUUGGACCAUUGGAACUGGUAUGAUCUCAAGGACUGUACAGCCAUGAAGCUGAUUGAUAUCCAGAUCAUGGCUGCCAUGGGACCCCCAGGUGGCGGUCGUAACCAGAUUACCCCACGAUUCCUGCGUCACUUCAACACCAUGACAAUCAAUGAGUUUGACGACUCUACUAUGGUAGCCAUCUUCAGUAAGAUCAUGACUUGGCACAUCUCUGCAAGGGAGUUCUCCAAGGCGUUUGAGCCGAUCGUAGACCAGAUUGUAUCAGCCACUGCAGAGGUGUACAAGGCAACCAUGUCCAACCUUCUGCCCACUCCAGCUAAGUCUCAUUACCUCUUCAACUUGAGAGACUUUGCCCGUGUGAUCCAGGGUGUUCUGCUCUCCAUACCAGACUACUGUGAGACCCCAGCUGUUAUGAAGAGACUCUGGGUCCAUGAGGUAUUCCGAGUCUACUAUGAUCGUCUCAUUGAUGACAACGAUCGCAAAUGGACAGUGAACUGUGUGAUGGAUAUCAUGCAGAGCCACCUGAAGGAGGACUUCCACACCAUAUUUGCUCAUCUGGACUCCAACUCUGACGGGAAAGUGGAGGAGGAUGACCUCCGCAGCUUGAUGUUCUGUGACUUCACCGACCCUAAGAACGAGAACAAGAACUACAUCGAGGUGCUGGAUGUGGAGAAGUUGAGGGUGAUUGUUGAAAGCCACUUGGAAGAGUUCAAUGCCAUGAGCAAGAAGCCAAUGAACUUGGUUAUGUUCAGGUUUGCUAUUGAGCACGUAUCCAGGAUCUCUCGUGUGAUCAAGCAACCUAAGGGUCACUGUCUUCUGGUAGGUGUUGGUGGUAGCGGACGUCACUCCUUGACCCAUCUCGCUAGCCAUAUGGCUGACUAUGAACUCUUUGAGGUUGAGAUCUCCAAGAAUUACACAGCUGUUGAAUGGCAUGAGGACCUGAAGGUCAUCUUGAGGAAAUCAACAGAAGGAGACCAACAUGGAGUCUUCUUAUUUUCAGAUACACAGAUUAAGCAAGAGUCAUUCCUUGAGGACAUCAAUAACCUUCUCAAUGCCGGUGAAGUUCCCAAUCUCUUUGCAACAGAUGAGAAGGCAGAAAUCUGUGAAAAGAUGAGAAUCGUGGACAGGCAACGUGACAAGGCCAAACAGACUGAUGGUUCUCCCAUCCAGCUGUUCAAUCUCUUCAUUGAGCGUGUCAGAGAACAGCUUCAUGUGGUUCUGGCAAUGAGCCCUAUAGGAGAUGCCUUCAGGAACAGACUUAGGAAGUUCCCUUCUCUCGUCAACUGUUGUACCAUCGAUUGGUUCCAGUCGUGGCCAGAAGAUGCUCUGCAGGCUGUUGCAUCCCGCUUCUUGGGCGACGUUGAGAUGGAUGACGACAUCAAAUCGGGCUGCAUCAACAUAUGUAAGCUGUUCCACACCACCACCCGUACCCUCUCUCAGAAGUUCAAGGAUGAGCUGGAGAGACACAACUACGUGACUCCCACCUCCUACCUGGAGCUGAUCAAUACAUUCAAGACUCUACUCAACAAGAAGAGAAUGGAGGUGUAUCGUAACAAGCGUCGCUAUGAGGUUGGUCUUGAGAAGCUCCAGUCAGCCGCCUCACAGGUCUCUACUAUGCAGGGGGAGCUUGAAGAGCUUCAACCUCAGCUGGUGGUCGCUAGCGUGGAGGUCGAUGAAAUCAUGGUCGUCAUCGAGAAGGAAUCUAUCGAGGUUGCCAAGACUGCGAAGAUUGUGAAAGCUGAUGAGGAGGUGGCUAACGGGCAAGCCAUGGCUGCCAAGGCUAUCAAAGAUGAGUGCGAUGCGGAUCUAGCUGUAGCUCUUCCCAUCCUGGAGUCUGCUCUAUCGGCUCUUAACACUCUCACACCACAGGAUAUCACUGUAGUAAAGGCUAUGAAGAGCCCUCCUGCCGGUGUUAGGCUUGUGAUGGAAGCCGUCUGCAUCCUGAAGGGACUCAAACCUGACAGGAUCCCAGACCCCGGUGGCUCCGGUAAGAAGAUUGAAGACUUCUGGGGCCCAUCCAAGAGGAUGCUUGGAGACAUGAAGUUCUUGCAGAGUCUGCACGAGUAUGACAAGGAUAACAUUCCUGCAAACAUCAUAAAGACAAUCCGUACCAAGUACGUCCCCAAUCCAGAUUUUGAUCCUGUUAAGAUCCGACAAGCCUCUACAGCCUGCGAGGGUCUCUGCAAGUGGUGUCGUGCCAUGGAAUCAUAUGACAAAGUGGCUAAAGUGGUAGCGCCCAAGCAGGAAGCUCUGGCCGCUGCUGAGGGUGAGCUCAAGGUAGCCAUGGGUAGCCUGGAGAAGAAACGAGCAGCCCUCAAGGAGGUCCAGGACAAACUCAAGAAACUGGAAGACAAGCUUGAAGCUAACAAGAAGAAGAAGCUUGAUCUUGAGAAUCAAGUGGGCCUGUGUUCUAAGAAGCUUGAAAGAGCUGAGCAACUCAUUGGUGGACUAGGAGGAGAGAAAGACAGAUGGAACCAAUCAGCUGCUGACCUUGGCAAACUCUACAUCAACCUGACUGGUGAUGUGCUCAUUUCUUCUGGUCUAGUUGCAUACCUAGGUGCAUUCACUUCUGCCUACAGACUGGAUCAAAUCAAAGAGUGGUUCACUGAAGUCAGUACUAAUGGAAUUCCAACAUCAACAGAGUUCUCCCUUAGUAACACACUCGGAGACCAGGUCCAGAUUAGGGCUUGGAACAUCGCUGGUCUACCCACAGACAGCUUCUCUGUUGAGAAUGGUAUCAUUAUCAGCAAUGCCCGUCGAUGGCCACUCAUGAUUGAUCCUCAGGGUCAAGCCAAUAAGUGGGUCAAGAACAUGGAGAAAGCCAACAACCUUCAUGUCAUCAAGCUGACCGAUGGUGACUUUGUGAGGACUCUCGAGAACUGUGUCCAGUUUGGUACUCCUGUUCUGCUGGAGAAUGUAGCUGAGGAGCUGGAUCCCAUCCUGGAGCCGUUGCUCCUGAAGCAGACGUUCAAGUCUGGAGGAGCCAUCUGUAUCCGUCUAGGAGACAGUACCAUAGAGUACUCCCAUGACUUCCGUUUCUACAUCACCACCAAGCUCAGAAACCCACAUUACCUGCCUGAGACUUCAGUCAAGGUGACUCUGCUGAACUUCAUGAUCACGCCAGAGGGUCUAGAAGAUCAGCUGUUGGGUAUUGUGGUAGCUAAGGAACGUCCAGAGCUUGAGGAAGAGAGAAACGCCCUCAUCAUCCAGAGUGCUGACAACAAGAGGCAACUUAACGAGAUUGAGAACAAGAUCUUGGAAGUGCUUUCAUCAUCUGAAGGCAACAUCCUGGAAGACGAGACAGCCAUCAAGGUCCUGUCCUCUUCUAAAGUCCUUGCCAAUGAGAUCUCGGAGAAGCAGGCGGUCGCAGAUAAGACAGAGAAGAUGAUUAACAAGACUCGUCUAGGAUACAAGCCCAUCGCUACCCAUUCUAGUAUCCUCUUCUUCACCAUUGCUGACCUGGCUAACAUUGAACCUAUGUAUCAGUACUCUCUUACAUGGUUUGUCAACCUGUUCAUCAAUGCCAUUGAGAACUCUGAAAAAUCUGACAAUCUGGACAAGCGUCUUGAGAACUUGAGAGACUACUUCACCUACUCUCUCUACUGCAACAUCUGCCGUUCUCUCUUUGAGAAAGACAAGCUGUUGUUCUCCUUCAUCCUGAAUACCAACCUACUGAAACACACCGGUGAGGUGAAAGACGAGGAAUGGCGUUUCCUACUGACCGGUGGUGUAGGUCUGGACAACCCUCACUCCAACCCCACCUCCUGGCUACCCUCUGCAUCCUGGGAUGAGAUCUGCCGUGCCGAUGAGAUGCCUAACUUCAAUGGAAUCAGAAAGAAGUUCCCAGCACAGAAGGAGGGCUGGAAGAUUCUCUACGACAGUGGGGAACCACAAAAUGAAAAGCUGCCUAGUGACUGGGAGGAGAGUCUAGGUCUCUUCCAGAAGCUCAUUAUCAUCAGGUGUCUGCGACCAGAUAAGGUGGUGCCCGCCGUGCAGGACUUUGUGACCCAGAAACUGGGCAGAAAGUUCAUUGAACCUCCACCAUUUGACCUUGGGAAGGCCUUCAAUGACAGUCAUUGCUGUGCCCCUCUCAUCUUCAUCCUAUCACCCGGUAGUGACCCUACUGCUGCUCUCCUCAAGUUUGCCGAUGACCAGGGCUUUGGAGGUAGCAAGCUGGCCUCCCUGUCGCUAGGUCAGGGACAAGGUCCUAUUGCUAUGAGCAUGAUAGAGAAAGGUGUAAAGGAAGGUACCUGGGUCCUGCUUCAGAACUGUCACUUGGCCGUCUCCUGGAUGUCUACCCUUGAGAAGAUCUGUGAGGAGCUGAAUCCUGAGGCCGUCCACCCAGACUUCCGUCUGUGGCUGACCAGUUACCCAUCCCCUCACUUCCCUGUGGCCGUACUACAGAACGGGGUCAAGAUGACCAAUGAGCCUCCUAAGGGUCUCAGGGCUAACAUCAUCCAGUCAUAUCUUAGUGAUCCCAUCUCGGAUCAAGAGUUCUUCACAAGCGUCAAGGAGGAUGCUCAGCAUGUUUUUAAGAAGAUGCUUUAUGGGCUGUGCUUCUUCCAUGCCUUGGUGCAAGAGAGGCGUAAGUUUGGCCCCUUAGGAUGGAACAUCCCUUAUGAGUUCAACGAAACUGAUCUGAGAAUCAGCGUCAGGCAGCUUGCUAUGUUCCUCAAUGAGUAUGAGAAAAUCCCAUACGAUGCGUUGAGCUACCUGACAGGCGAAUGUAACUACGGUGGUCGUGUGACAGACGAUCGUGAUCGUCGCACACUUCAUACCAUCUUGGAUAAGUUCUACGUACCAAGCAUCGUAGAUGAAUCUUAUAAAUUUGAUUCCAGUGGAACAUACUAUGCCCCUCCGGCUGGAGAUUAUGAAAGCUACUUGACGUUCACCAAGAACCUUCCCAUCAUCCCUCACCCGGAGGUGUUUGGUAUGCAUGCAAACGCUGACAUCACCAAGGAUCAGUCCGAGACAAAACUCUUGUUUGAUAACAUCCUUCUUACUCAGGCUCAGUCUCGUUCUUCAGGCGGUGGUGCCAAGUCCAACGAUGACAUCGUCAAUGAUGUUGCAGCAGACAUCUUGGCCAAGCUACCCUCACUGUUUGACAUCGAGGCUGGACUACGCAAGUAUCCAACCACCUAUACACAGAGUAUGAACACUGUACUGGUACAGGAGAUGGGAAGGUUUAACAACCUCCUGGCUGUGGUACGAUCAAGUAUCAUCAACAUCCAGAAAGCUAUCAAGGGCCUGGUGGUGAUGUCUUCGGAGCUUGAGGAUGUGGCUAACAGCAUCUUGAAGGGUAGGAUCCCGGGAAUGUGGAUGAACAAAUCUUACCCCUCACUCAAACCUCUUGGCAGCUACGUCAACGACUUCUUGACUAGACUCAAAUUCCUUCAGGACUGGUAUGAUAUUGGACCUCCACCAGUGUUCUGGAUGUCUGGUUUCUUCUUCACCCAAGCCUUCUUGACCGGUGCCCAGCAGAACUACGCCAGGAAGUUCACCAUCCCUAUUGAUCUCUUGGGCUACGACAUGGAAGUCCUUGAUGACAAGAAAUAUGAAACGCCACCUGAAGACGGUGUGUAUGUGAGAGGCUUGUUCAUGGAAGGUGCACGAUGGGAUAGAAAGACACGACAGAUUGGAGAGUCUUAUCCUAAGGUUCUCCAUGACACAGUGCCUGUGAUCUGGAUGAAACCGAUGAAGCGUUCCGAGCUACCUGAUAAACCAGUCUACGAGGCGCCUCUGUACAAGACCAGCGAGCGAAAGGGUACACUCUCAACAACUGGUCAUUCUACCAACUUCGUCCUCAUGCUCAAGAUCCCCACCGAAAGGCCAGAGACUCACUGGGUUGCUAGGGGCGUGGCCUUACUUUGUCAGCUGGAUACAUAGAUUACUUCUAACAUACCUUGAAAUUAAUUCCUGUUUGGAAAAAUUGAUUAACGGAGUUUACAAAAACAACACAUGCAACAACCUGGUCUAGGAUUUGUUUUAAAAAAUAUUUUAAAAACAAUGAUUUUGUCAUUUUGAUUGGUGCAUAUAAGUAAUAACCUUGCAGUGAAUAAUUGUUUCGAAUAGGUUUCAAGCAGGUCAUUUGAUAAAGUUCUUAAAACUGAAAUCUGCAUUUUCAAAAAAAUUGCCCCCAUAUACAGGCAUUUUUCAAUUCAUCGCAUAUUUUUAAAUCAAAGAAUAUGACAUUAACUUUUUGUUGUUGCUGUUGUUGGAAAGAAUUUAUUUGAAAAAAUCAUUGUUCAUGAGAAUGACUAGAUUGAAUGUGAAGAAAUCAAAUAAAAGAUGGGGCCUUGCAGCGUAUAUUGACAUUAAAUAUUACCCCCAAAAAGAAAUGAUAGAUUUUAUAAAUGUAAUUUCAACCACUUUAUGAAUAAAUUACCAAAGUUAUAAUUGAAUUGUGUGUCAUGAUAGGUAUUCCUUACAUAGUUUAUGCUGUAGCAGCAAGUAAAUUAAUCUAAAAGAUGAAUAUAAUUAUAUAUAAAUCUAUUUUUUUUUCUCACAUUAAGAAAAUAUUUGUGUGAUUUUUUUUUCAAUAUUCAGUCUAUUUUCCACCAAAGAUAUUCUUGAUACACAUAUGAAGUCCUCCAAUGUUAUUUGAAGUAUUGCACUUAAAUAUCAACCAUCUUUGGUGCAGCUGAAAAGCUUGUAAACAUUUUGUAAUAUUCUGAAAACGAUAGCAGCUUCAGUUUUAUACUGUGACUUGUUUCCCCCAAAGUGAUAUAUGAAUUUAUAUUGUAAACAAAUAAUUAAUAUAUGUUUGUAUUUGUAUAUAAGAUGGCGACACAUUCUUAAAGCCUGUGAAUAUGGCACAUGUCAUUGAAUAGUAUACACUUAUACUUAUUUAAAGAGAAUGUUAUUUACUUUGAGACUUUGAGAGGUGUUAUGUAAAUAAAAAACAUUUCAGUAGUUGUGAGAUGCAAUGUGGCCUGAGUGGACGUGUAGUGUAAGAAAUAUCAAAAAGGUUUCAUGAAUGCCUUGAUAAAAUGUUUCAAAUAUGUGCCGGCUUUCUAAUUUAGAGGUUUUGAGAGAAAGUCUAUUGUGACAUAUAACUUAUUUUAAAAUUGGUGAAAAGGUUUGUGUUAUCCAGACUUAUUUUGUUAUAAGCUAGUGAAAUCCUUGCUUCUGAUUGGUUAUCAGCAGAUUUAUCACUGAUUUUAUCAUUUGUCAUUGAAAAAAGCCUCUGUGAAACGGGUCCCUGGACCAAGUGCAUUGUUGAAGAUAUAUUUUCUAGGAUGAGACGAAGAAACGCAAGGUCAAGAUAUUGUACUUCAAAAAGGAAUAAUAAAUUUGAUAAUAUAUGUACAUUGAUGCAGUGAAAUAAACUUAUAUUCCAGAAAUGUAGGUCAUUUAUAAUGACAAAAUGAAAUCCAUUAAUAUUCCUUGAAUGAUUACUGUACAUGUUAUAUGUAGAUAUUAACAUAAAUAUAAGCUGUCAAUUUGAGUCGGCAAAAUGAAUGAAUGAAUGUCAUAAAUGUAUUUAAUAUAUGUAUAUAUACAAUAUGACUUUUAUUUUGAAGUGACACAAGUGUGUAUGAAUGAAACUAAAGUUUGACUGACAUAAUCAAUUUGGUUUGAUUGCUUUGAAGUCCAAAAUAGCAUGCUGAAUGAAGUUCAAAAUGAUGACAAAUUUAGUAGAAAAGGAAGAUUUAUAGUUGGAACUUCAAUGAAUAUCUGAAGAAAGUUGAAGAUUUAAGCUGUGAUGUUAAAGAAUUGUCUGUAAAAAAGUGUAUAUAUCAGCACUAUAUUCAAUAUGUCAAUAUUAUAUAUGGUGUACAGUAGUAUUCUGCUAUUGGCCUGUCAGCUCUACCGUAUGCAUCUGUAUUCUACCAUCCGUCCUGUCAUAUUUGAAGUAUUUUUGAGAUAAUGAAUUUUAAAUGAUCACUAAACCUUGAUUCUUCAAUUUCAAACUCUAUACACACUGCAUCUGAAACCGUCCAUUUUCAUACAUAAUAUAUUAUUCAAUUUGUGAGUAUAUGUUUAUUGAUUCAGUAUAUUUUUAUGAAAAAUGUAUGUACAUGUAUGUAUAUAUUGUGAUGUGAAUUUAUUGUAAGACUAUUCCUAAUACUUAAAAUUGGUUUCUUGAAAUAAACAUAAAAUUAUUAUAACAUUCUAUGAAGAAACAAGGUUUCUUCAUAUCGAAAGACUUAAAUAUAUAACUUUCAGACCACCACAUGCAAAUCCAUCUAUUGUAAUGAUUUGAGAUUUAUUUUUUGUACAUAUAUUAUUCUAAGUUGAACCUUUGUAUGCCGUUUUGAAUAUCAGUUUUAUUUCCCAAUAAAGUCAAGCACGAAACAAA